GCAUUUGGAAAAUACCCCUCAAAUGAGGUUUCAAGUUGUGGGCUUGUUGCGGAAGUGAAGGCACUCUGCAAGACUUUGAUGUGUAUCAAGAUUCAAAUGGAGUUCAUACUCUUAGAUCUGAGCUAGGCAUGGGAGGUGAUGUUGUCAUGGACAUGGUGAAGAACUUGGAGGAUGGAAAGAAUUACAAAAUGUUUGCCGACAACCACUUUUCGAGCGUAAACAUGGUGAAACAGUUGAAGGAGAAAGGACUGCAAUAGGUGGGAACCGUCCAUGAAAACCUCUUGAAAGGUUGAAGGCAGAGUCUAGUGGAUUCUGACUCCAAUAUUGUCGUCGUUCGGUGGUACGACAACAAGAAAGUGGAUGUCAUUUCGUCAUAUGUUGGACCAGAAUCUGUUGAGAAUGUUACCGGGUGGGUAAAAAAACUGAAGGGAAAAACUGCAGUGAAUUGCCCUACUGUAAUUCGCACGUACAACAAACACAUGGGAGGGGUAGAUUUACUUGAUUGUCUCACCGCUCUCUGCAAAGCAAAAGUCAAGACUCGAAAUUGGUACAUUUAUUUGUUUUACGACACAAUCAACAUGGUGGUAGUCAUCAGUUGACUGAGAUAUCGUCGUCACUGCAGGAUGCUUCAGCAGUCCCCAGUCAAGCUAUGUGACUUCCAUCAGUCGAUUGCUGACAGUCAGGUUACCGUCGAAAGGUUGCCAGGACGAUCUGUAGCUGGGAGUCCUCAGUUUCUCUCACACUCUAGCACUCAAGAGAAGUCCCCAACUGUUGACUCACAGCUCGAUCGCAUGGAUCGUCUUCCUCUCCAUGCCGACCGGCAAUGAUGCAAACGCCCCAGAUGUGACUCAAAGACCUACAUCAUGUGUAAGGAAGUGUAUGGUUCAUCUCUGUCUGAACAAGGAGCGAAACUGUUUUGAAGAAUUCCACCCAAGAAAAACAUGAUACAUUUGUUCAACGCUACCCGGUGUAAUAUAUCUGGCACAUAAUACCCAAAUGCCCAAUGUGCCAUAUAUGGCACGGUCUGUAACUUUUUAAAUACAAGUUUUAGAUGAAACAAACUUUCAAAUUUGGUUAUUGUACUUCCUUUUGAACAUGUUCUGGGAAAAUGAAAUUUUUCUGUCAAUGAUUUCUAUACCUGGGCACUAGAGGGUUAAAUCUACGAGAGCCAAAUGAAUUUUUAAAAAGUAUAUCAUCUUUUUCAGUGCUCUGAUUUAAAAAUCUACUUUGUUUAGGAAUUAAGGGAGGCUGAAGGUGUAACAUAAGGUAUAACUCAUUCCUCUAUCCUGGGUGAGGUGCAGAAAAUACGUGAUGAUGAAAGUGUAACGUUAAGUAUAAUUCCUGCCUCAAUCCUGGGUGAGGUGCAGGAAAUAUGUGUUGCUGAAAGUGUAACAUAAAGUAUAACUCCUUCCUCCGUACUGGGUGCGGUACAAAGUGAAAGUGUGUCAAAUUGCUCAGCUAGAGAAUCAGAAGGAGGCCAAAGUUUAGGUUUACGCGGUUUCCAUUUUUUAACCUUGACCUAGAAGUAUACACUGACCUUGCGCGGCACAUCAGGCCUAAUAUAUAAACUGUCUCGUCAAUGCCAUUGAUCAUUUGCGCUUACUCUACUCAAGUUGAGGCUACUUUGUUGAAAUACACGACUAGAUCUAGAUAAAUUCUUUUUGUUCUGUUGACACCAACCUGCCUGUUGUUCUUGGAAAGCCUUCAAUCAGCCAGCAUCAUGUCCAGCCCUAACGUUAAAAUCUACUAUUUCGACAUGAUGGGGCGUGCCGAAAUGAUUAGAAUGCUUUUUGCUGUUGCAGGAAAACAAAUAGAGAACAUCAGAUUUUCGUGGGAAGACUGGCCAAAGUCUUUUAAAGAAAAGGCUCCCUUUGGCACAGCACCAUGGGUGGAAAUAGACGGAGAAGUUCAUGCACAGUCCAUGGCCAUUGCUACAUAUUUUGCCAGGGAAUUUGGUUUCUACGGGAAGACUAACAGAGACGGCCUAUUGAUAGACCAGGUUCUAAACCUCAUCCAUGACUUCAUAGAAGUAUCGAUAGUGGUGUAUGAUGAGCCAGAUAAAGAGAAAAAGGCCCAGCGUCUUAAAGACUGUCAGAAUAAAUCCACACGUCUGUACUUUGGAGGAUUCGAACAGAUUCUGAAAAAGACUGGAACAGGUUACGUUGCUGGAAAUCAGAUCAGUCUGGCUGACAUCGCUAUCUAUGACGUUGUCACUGGUUGGAUGAAGCCCUUCCUGGGACCAAUUGACGAAUUCCCGUUGUGCAAAGCCUUGUUGGAAAAGGUAGCUGCGAAUGAGAAAAUUAAGGCGUAUAUGGCAACCCGACCCUACAGCAGCGAAAAGGAAUGGGGCGAUCUACUCGUUUAGAGGGCGCUGGGAGCUAAGGGGUCAACUGACCCCCGCAUGAGGCGGUGACCCCCUUCCACGACCAACCACGGUCGUGUAAAAACCAAACAAAACGUUUUGUUCACCCAUUGACCAUUUGGUACUCAUCAUGAUUUCUAUGCUGUCUCCUUCACUUCCGUUCUAGGACUUAUUUCUCAGUAUUAUUGCACGCCGUUAGUUUGAUUGACCUUUUCGAGAAAGGUCCCUGAAGCAAACAAGAAAAGAGAAAAUAGUGGGAAUUUGACCUUUUCAACUAGAUUUGCCAAUGCUUUGCUGCCCGGUUUUUUUAUACCUAAAUCGUAGCAAAACCGUCGUGUUUCUUAAUAUGUUUUAACGUAAACAGGUCAAUCAUAAAUAAACAGCCUAUCACUGUUUCUUUUCGUUUCAUUGACAGGUUUAGUAUUAUUAACCCUCUGUCUUUUCUGCUACAAUGCAUAUGUCAGUUGGUGCUUUUGGAUGUGUUUAUUUUGUUUUCUUUGUGGAGUCGAUUUUUCGCCCACCUUGCUCCGUCAGUU